AUGACAAGAGCGAAUGUCGCCAGCAAGUCCAGCACACCCAUCAGCUCAGUCACAGCCUCGUCUAGAAAACGCGCCUCCAAUGGUGGCGAGAGCACCCCGAAGAAAAAGAGGAGUACUGCCAAAGAGCGAUCAGAGAAUGAUCCACACAAUCCAGAGAACAACCUCGUCGAUAGCCUGAGGCCCGGUCUGAUCUUGGUAUUCAUUGGUUUGAAUCCGGGAUUGAAAACUGCAGAAACUGGUCACGCAUACGCUCAUCCGUCGAACCGCUUCUGGCAUCUCCUUCACGAAAGCGGGGUGACUCCCCGUAAGCAUCUCCCAUCCGAAACCCACGAUCUCCCAGACCUGUACUCCAUAGGAAAUACCAAUAUCUGCGCCAGGCCGACGAGAGAUGGCAGUGGUCUACGUAAAGAAGAGCUGGCUGAGGGAGCAGGCAUUCUAGAGGAGAAGAUCAGGGAGUUCAAACCUCAGGCAGUUUGCAUCGUCGGAAAGCAGAUCUGGGAAGCUCUAUGGCUUGCAAGGACUGGAAAGAAGCUGAAGAAAGAUUUAUUCAAAUGGGGUUGGCAAGACGAGGACAAUUGGCUAGGAAGAAUCGUAGAUGAUGAUGAGCACGUGCUGUGGCCUGGUGCAAGGACGUUCGUGUCAACAUCAACGAGCGGACUAAGUGCUUCAAUGAAGCCUCAUGAGAAGCUCGAGGUCUGGCUUCCGUUGGGCGAGUGGUUCAAGGAGCGGACAGAGCGGGGAGAGCAGACGGGGGUGGAGCAGCCUUUCAAGAGCGGGGAGCAUUCAUCGUAG